UAUAUAAAAUUGGAGAUGGCUCUUAUUACCUGCUGGAUUCACUGGAUUAGUUGGAGUCACUGGAUUAGUUGGAUUAGCUGGUUUCACUUGAUUAGAGGCACAUAUAGAAAUGUGUUAAUUUAUUUUUUUCCCAUAAUAACAAAGUGGAUUUACAACAGACAAGUUUAGUGGAUUAGUGAUUCUGCUUGGACGAUUCAGAUAACGCAGUAGAGCAGCUGUGCAGUACAGCAGCGGAACUGAACUUCUGCACGGCACGUGGGCGUCUAACGUGUGAACAGAUUGGAUAGAAAAUAAACUAUCCCAUUGUUCAAAGAGCAAGGUCUCUCUGUUCUGCACCUCCAGUCCCCUCCUUUGUCCCGGCCAUGGCAGACACGGCAGCCCAGUCUCUGGACGACUAUACAUUUGAAUACAAGGGAUUUAACUUCCCAAAGGAUGAAAUCACACCAGAGUGCAUCGACUCUCUGGAGGACUUUGAGAUCAGAGACAGCGACGUUUUCAUUGUAACCUAUCCAAAGUCUAGUACAGUCUGGACACAACAGAUUCUGACCCUGAUCUAUGCAGAAGAAGAUGCCGACGCAGCUGAAUUCAAAACAACUUACGAACGAGCCCCAUGGCUGGAAUUCCAAGAGAAGGGGCAGGAUUACAAUGCAAGACCCUCCCCUCGCCUCUUUGCAUCUCACCUGCCCUAUUAUCUGGUGCCAAAGUCCUUGAGAAACAAAAAAGCAAAAGUGAUUUAUAUCUUAAGAAACCCGAAAGACGCCAUGGUGUCUUACUUUCAUUUCCAUAAUAUUAUGGUGAAGAUGGAAAAGACAAAAGAUUUCAGUAGCUUUAUGGAUAGAUAUGUAAAUGGCAAAGUGAUGUGCAGCUCUUGGUUUGACCACAUCAAGGGCUGGUACAGUCAUAGGGACCAGUUUGAGAUGCUCUUCAUGACCUAUGAGGAAAUGAUCAAGGAUCUCCGGGCUGCUGUGCUGAAGAUCUGUACCUUCCUUGGAAAGCGUCUGGAAGACUCAGCCAUUGACAAGAUUGUGAAACAAGCCACCUUCAAGAACAUGAAGAACGACCCCAGAGCAACCUAUGAGUUCCUGCCCGAGGACGUCAUGCACAAGGACCGGGGCAGAUUCCUACGGAAAGGUACUAUCGGAGACUGGAAGAACACUUUCACGGUGGCCCAGAGCGAGUUCUUCGACAAGGUGUUCCAGCAGAAAAUGAAGGACCUUCCUCUGAAGUUCAUCUGGGAUAUUAAUGAAGACGCGGCCUGAGCGAGGGGAUACAUUCUCAAAGAGUUUACUACCAGUCUGGAAUAGACCUGCACCUGGAACAUUUAAAAAAUACUAGAGUCUGUGCUUUUAAAGGAGUUCCCCCCAGUAGGGUGUGCUAACAAGAGAUGAGCCUUGAUGGGGCGAAUGGCCUUUUCUCGUUCCCAAAUUAGUUUCAGAGGGGACAGAAAUUUUGAAAAAUUCAGCUUUUAGAAGCGGUGGAUAAAAAGCAGGUCGGCAGUACAAGUUAUGAAGCUCCUUCCUCUGCAGACAUGUCCGGUUUAGCGAGGGAUUACUGAUUAUGAAAACCUUUUUGACUGAAAAAUAUUUUUGAUUUGGGAGUGAAGGUGGGGGCCCACUAGAGGUCCAUUGCCCAGGGCCCACAAAAACCUGGCGCCGACCGGCCUAUGUUUAACACUCGUGUGACUAAAUGGAUCAGAACCCUGGAGCUGCUGUUCUCUCUCUGGUAUUGUUUCUGUGUUCAGCAGGGACCUCGCCUCUAGCAACAGGUCGUUUGAAUUUGGAAGGAGAAUUUUCUCUGGCUAAAAGAAAACUACAUGGAAGCCCAAAUUACCCGAAGGGUACGACCAAAAUAGCGUGAGAAAAAGAUAUAUACAUCAGGAAAGGGGAUACUGUUGACUUGCCCUGUAAAAAAAGACUUUCACCGAUUAGCGAAUCAGUGCGAUGGUAUUUCACUGCGUCAGCUGGCAAUCGUUUUAAAUUAUACACUCUUGAAAACCACAAAGCCCAAUUCGGCCCAGCAAUGGAGCACGACAGAAUAAAGAUGUCCCUCAACUCCUCUCUCUCCAUACGCGAUGUCAGAGCAGAAGAUGCCGGGGUGUACGAGUGUUGUUUCUGUUCGAAUAAAAGCAAACUCUGCGACACAGUGAAAAAUGUCUCAUUGUUUGUUUUGCAGAGUAAGUUUGUGGUUUUACAUAACAAUCUUGCUUUGCACAGAAGGCUCGGGCAUGGGCUUCACUGCUUUGUCAUGAGGAAUCACCUACCAACAGAGCACCUUCCCCAAAUUCCUUUCUAUCCGUGUCCUGCGAGAGACUUACACUGUUUUGCUCUUUGAGAAACAUCACAAUUCCUUUUCUGAGACAGUUUCUUUGAUUAGCAAUGAGGAUAUGCAGGUACAAUAUUCAGAAUAGCAGAAUAUUCCAUUGGAGGUGCCAGCUGGUUCACCUCGACACAGCUACAGGCAGUAGUGCUGUGGGAGUUUCAGUUAAAUUAUACAGCAAGCUAAUCAGUCGUCCCCCCCAGAUAGUAAUGAGGGAGAGAAAUCUCACCAUAGUGUCAGUGCGCGCCAAGCACAGUCCUUGAGAAAUCAACAAGUUUAAACAAGCAUUGCAAGAACAAAUGCAUGUGUUACUGUAUCAAAAUAUUGUAUAUACUGGUCAUGCUAUAAACUCACUUAUAUCUUUUAGUUGUCAGGGACCCCCCCAGUGGUGACCCUGUGAUGUUGCAUUCCACCCUGUCUUUGCAAUGUUCGGUUGCAUGCGACAGAUUGAAUGCUGUAUGUAAUCAAAGCCUUGCUAGAUUGGCGUUCACCUGGAGAAACCACCCUGGGAAUGAGAUUGAGACAAGAAGGGAGCGGCAGUACUCUAUUCAGCCUGCAGGUGGCGCUUCCUACCUGCGCUUUCAGGUAGAGCAAUCGGACCACGAGAGGAAAUUGAAAUGUGUUUUAUCAGUGGACGGGAAGGAAAAAGCAUUCGCUGAGUAUCAAGUAUUCAUAACAGUUACAGCGUUGGAUCCCAAUACCUCAGAGAUAGUGUAUGUCGCGGAGGGAGAAUUGGUUCUGCUUCCCUGUGUUGGGAUAUCAAGCCGGACGGAAGGCAGGCAUGUGGAAUGGUCAUUUCAAGCGAUUGGGGAUCAGAGCCGAACCCUUCUCAAUGUGUCUGCACCAGCUUACCCCAGAGUCAACCCCAGAGAGACAGUGAGUCUGCUGCCCAAUGCUUCCCUUCUCAAUGUGUCUGCACCAGCUCACCCCACAGUCAACCCCAGAGAGAGAGUGAGUCUGCUGCCCAAUGCUUCCCUUCUCAAUGUGUCUGCACCAGCUCACCCCACAGUCAACCCCAGAGAGAGAGUGAGUCUGCUGCCCAAUGCUUCCCUUCUCAUCCAGAGAGUGCAGAGCCCCGACACAGGCACUUACCACUGCAGGAGGGACGAGCAAGAGAAAUACCACAUGCUUACUGUGUGUGUUUUAACAGUGAACGCAAAUGUGUCUAGCCCUGUUUCUAAAGGCACAGAGGUUGUUGUGAACUGCUCCCUGCUCUGUGAUCACACUCCCCAGGACGCUGUGCUUCAGUGGAUGGACAGUAAUGGGACCCUGCUGGAAUCAAACACAACUCUUUCUACUGGUCCCAGUGCACAGCUGGUGAUUCCCAGUGCCUACAAUAUGACUCUGAGGUGCCGAUUACAAGAUAAAGAACGAGAGAGAGCCAGCGUGGAAUACACCAUACAUGUAACAGAAGAGCAGGGCAGCAUUCAGAGUAAUCAGACCGUCCUCCUCCCUGUGCUGUUGGGAAUAGUUGCUGCUUGUGUAGCGAUCGCUGCCGUCUUAAUACUGCUUUUAAGAGGCAGAAAAACAGGAGACAAAGAAGAUUCUGCUCUUGGUGUUGAGUUGAAUUCUACACACCAAGCAAGCCAAGUGGAAGAGGAGGAAUGUGAAAUUCAUUACGCCACACUAGAAAUUAGACAGCCAGCCAGAGACCAGAGGAGAGACAUGACCAACGAGCAAGUUAUUUACUGUCUAACUGUGCAGAAUAAAUGAAAUCCUGUGUUUUUACUGUGUAAAAAAACUUCUAUAAAAACUGUAACAAAACAAAACUAUGUUAUUAGAGCUGUGCUAACUGAUUAUUCUUAUUGGGAUCAAGCUCUUCACAAAUGAGGGUGGAGAGCCCCUAUCCAGCAGGUUUUAUAGGUGUCUUUACAUCAUCAGUGGCUAAAGAUCUGGAACACAUGUUAAUCUUGACUAAUUAAGCCAAUAAUUGGUUCAAUAAAGUAACAGAGAUGGGUUGAAAGGAAAACCAGAAGCCCCAGUAGCUCUCCAGGACCAGGAGACCCCUGAUCUACACCAACGACCCUCAGCUGAUUGCCAGCCCCUGAUUUCUGUGGAGAGCUCAUCUGAGUCAUCGGUUUGUGCAGCACUAUUUGCUAUGUCUGUUGUCAAACAAACGUUUGUUACUCCUGAAAGCAGAGCAUGUGGUGACUCUGCCUCAUCAACCUGCACUUCUAUUAAAAUGAACCAUUUUACUGUCUCAGGUUUUAUCUUUGGCUCUAUCAAGGAUACAGAU